UUCUUCCGGUUUGUAGAAAACAGCAGUUAUUUCAUAACAAAAAUUUAAAGUGAAAAAAAUUAAGUAAAAAAAUUUUCGCGCUAUUAAAAACAACUAAUUUUAUGUUUGUUAGAUAUUCUCUGACAAAAUCAGGAUAAUCUAAUUAUAACUAAAAUAUCCUCAAACAAUUUUUUAAAUAAAAUUUAAUAAAAAUAAAAUUUGUGCAAAUAUUAGCCAAGCAAAAGCAAUAGCUGCUUAAAGAAAUUUCGUCGAGUUUUCGUCUUAUGCCGCCCCCAACGACACACUGUCUGUCGUUCGUUAUAGUCAAAUUUUCGAUUUCAAAGAGUUUCUGCAAAUAAAACAAACACUAGCCAUCGACGUUUCAACUAAAAUCGACAUACAUAAAUAUGUACAUACAUACAUACAUACAUAUAAUGUGCCACCAAUAACCUCCGCCUUCGUCUAAGCGCCGCAACGCAAUGCAACGCAUCGCAAUCGUCAAUGAGCUGCAGAAGUGCUAAAGAAAUUUUUUAUGUCUUUCAUUAGCGUGGAAGGUGAAAAUUUGCUGAAAAUUUAUUUUUGCGAAAAAGAAAAUUUUUUCCAAGAAAGCGUGAGAAAUAAGAAAAUCCGUAAUUUUAAAUAGAUAAAGUGUGAAAAAAUGAAAUGAAAAAUUAAAAAUCAAAAUAAAAAUUUGCCAAGCGCUAAAAAAUCAGUUGAAGUGAAAUAUUUCAUUUUCAACGCAACUAUUCAAAUUUGUGUUUUGUGUAUAUUUUGGCAGUAAAUCAGCGCAUAGCGAGCAGUGUUUAAACUGUGCGUAAAAAGUGUUAGCAAGUAAACAAAAAAGAAUAAAAAAACAAAAAAAGAAAAAAAAAUCAGCAGCAGCAACAAAAAAGUGAAGAAAAUCGCAAAGUCCCGUGCUGCCGGAUUUGCUACUUUGUUUUGGAGUCAGUCUCAUUUAUUGUCGUUCGUUCGUGUGUGUGUGCGAGUGUGGAGCAGCGGCAUUGGCGUUAAGCAGCGAAUUUGUACGCAGAGCAUUUGAAAAGUGAAGUAGAAAGUUUUUAAAAGUGUUGGAAAAUGUUAUGUGAAUAGUGAUUUCCAAGCAGAAAAAUGAUUUUGUAAUUGUAAGUGCGCAGCAAAGCAGCGAAAGGAAAAAUAAAAAUUCAUAAAAAUUGUUAAAAAGUAAAAGUAAAAAAACAAUAACUAUUCCUUUUUUUACCUUUUGUUUGCUUACUCUACUACUUCUGCUCUUUUUUAUGCCACACUUUACUGCGUCCACGUAUGUUGCUCUCCUAAAUGUAUCGCUCAGCUGUCUGCUCCACAAAAUCAACAAAAAUUAAUUUAUUUGCGAUUAUCUGUCAAUGCGACAUUGACGUCAGCUACGCGAAAGACGUGCUGAUUUAAGUAUCUUCACAUACAUAUGUACAUACUUUACGCUGGAUUAAAUGAUUUUGUUCAACAUGCAACGUUCUAAAUGACGAACACACGGAUAAAGGACGGAUAGCGCGAGAUGUAUCAGUUUAAUUUGUGAUAUUUGCUUUUCUAAGUUAAAAAUAUUCUUCAGCAAAAUCUUCAAGUGGUCGAAAAAGUCGUAGAUUUUUUGGGUGGAGGGGACCACGUGGUGGUUCCCUUGGCCCACGGGCCGGUAUGGCUUCCUAUAAUGGAGUGCUAAAGGAUUACGGACACAGCAGUUUGAAUGAGGCUUUCAAAUCCCAAAACAAUGUCAACUUUAAGUUAAUCAAAACAGUAUCUGAUUUUACCGAAACCCUUUCCCAUUUAUACGAGGAACAUGCAACUGCCCUACAAACUUUAGUCUCCAAUUUUCGUAAAAAGAAUGCAGAACUUCGCAAAGAAAGACCCGCCUGCCAUCAGGCAAUUUUCCAAGCAUGGGAAACAUUCCUACAGGAGGUCGAAACCGAUUCUCAGGCAUCAAACGAUGUGGCCAACGUGCUUUCGCGUCAGGUGUCACGUCCAAUGCUCGAUAAAUCCUUUCAUCGUAAAGUUCAAAGUCGGAAAAUUUUCACACACAGGGAGUCUUUUGAGACUAUUAUCGCAAAGACUGAAGAGAAGCUGUCGAAGUGUCGUUUGGAUUAUAAACAAUGCUACAUAUCGCAUCGUCAAAAUCCCACGCAACUUUCACUCACCGAAUACAUUGAUGCCCACAAUGCGUACGUGCAACAGUUGCAUGCCACCAAUGCCAUGCUGGAGACAUACCAUUGUGAGACGGUGCCGCAAUUGAUGCAAGAACUGGAGGAGAUACACAAUGAUUUAUGCAGUAUUAUCGCCGAAUCGAUACUACAGGGUGCCGAUGUUAUUGCGAAUAAGGCUACAGUGCAAGCGAAGCGUUAUAGCUCACUCACUAUACAAUGCAGCUCAGUGUCAGCGGCGCAGGACCUCACAAAUUUCGUACGCAUUCUGCCGCUGCCAUCGCAGGCGCAAAAAGUUCCUAAGCGCAUUUUUGCACCGCCACAACCACCGGGCGAGGUCGACGAUACGGGGGAUUUCAAUGAGAUGGCUCCAAUUUUGCGCAACGAGCUGGUCUUCGAUCGUCAUUCAACAUUAGCACUGCGACCAGCACUGGAAUCACUGAAGCGAGAGGCGAAUGAUUUGGAAAUGCAAAUACGUUUAUUACAGGAUACCGUGGAUGGUUUGAAUCGUACGCAGCAACGUGGCAUCGAGGGUCAACUCUACAACAAGGUCAACGAGCUACAGGAGGACUUGUCUUUGAAAAAGUUUGAUUUGCGAGCUAAGCAAUUACAUUUUGCCGCCAUUAAAGCGCAG